CAGGCCCUGAUCGCAGCCGGGCCAUUUUCCGCGUUCCUGACAAAAUAGAACGCCUACGUCAUCAAAAUAUGUGUUUCUCCAUAUUAAUCAGCUAUCAUAGUCAUUUAAUUACUAUACGAAAGUCCAUCGUCGACUAACAGUUUCUACUGAAGAUGACUUCAUUGAGCUCAGAAAUUUUAUCUCUGGAUCCAUAUUUGAAAAGCGCGUUUUCCCCGACUGUCAAGUUUGACAUAAGUCACAAAAAUGGCCUGUACAGUGCUGAAAAUGGAGAUACUGGGGAAUCAGAUGAGACCACUUUCCAGAAAACUCCAGCAAAGGAGUGGGAAAUUGAUGUCCGGCCUCAGGUGUCUUCUCAUAAGUGGUUGCAGAACUAUGGUCUGCGAAAAGCUCGUCUACAUAUGGACCAGAUCCUCCCCUCUAUUGGCUUCAAAUUAAGUGAUGAUUUUGAUCCUGCAAUAAAGCGACCUAUUAGCUCUCGCUAUGGAAGAGGAUUAUUUCAACAAAUAUUUGGAGCUCAUGGGAAAACAUUUAAUAUCUCAUGCAGCAGAGAGAAACUUCUGCAGCUGAAGAAGCGGUUGAGCCAGUCACUUGCAUUGUUUCGCCGACGGUUGGAGUGGCUAACAUCCGAGAGUCGUCGAAUUUUUGGAGUGGUUGAAGAGAAGGCUGUGACAGUUGUGAUGGACAUACGCAACAUGUCUCCAGAACAGUUUGAUCAAUAUCGCACAGCCCUGGAAAGAACAAUGAGAGAGCAGUUUGUUUAUCUGACAAAGUUCAACCUGAUCAGGGCUGCAGAAGACAUGCAGCAGUAUAGCUCAGAGUGCAUACCUUUGUCACAUGAUACACUAGAAGAUGCUAUUCAAUGGAUGUGGAAUCUGGACCGUUUAGCGGCAGUCUCCAACACAGCAUGCACUGAAGCCAUUCUUAAGGCUGUUGCAGACAACUUUAAUGAAGCAGUCUACUUGUUUACAGAAGGCUCAUCAAUUGACUGUGGCAGAGAACUUCUGCUAGAGAAGGUAAAAAGUACCAAGAAAAAGAUUCCAAUUCAUGUGGUAUCAUUUAACUGUGAUAGCUCUGACACUGUCAAGUUUCUUCGCAAUUUUGCCACACUCACGGGUGGAAGAUUUCAUGCUUAUGCUGUGAUGAUGGAAACAGAUGCACUGGAAACUUAUCCCACCAAAUGUCUCACAAGUAGGGCAAACAUUCUCUUGAAGCACAAGACAUUUGGGGUUCCACCAGGUGCAGGUGUCAGAGAGGAUGUUGUACUGAUCUUCGAAGAGAUGGAGGAAGCCAGGAAUAAUCUUCAGCAGGUUGAGAUGUUGAUUGAGCAGACACCUGAGCCUAGUCGUGUUUUGUCAGAAGUGAAGUCUGAGAAGGUGGAAAAAGCUGAAAAAGAUGAGCAGUACAUGACCUCCAAGGAGUGGCUAACGAUAUAUGGUUUAGAGGCCUUGAAACUUGGACUGUAUGAUGUAUUAGCAGGAGUGGCCUUCAAACACCUGGAUGGAGUAGUAGAAAUUUUGGAGAAGCCACCUCAAAUCCAGACUAAUGCUGUUGGCCAUGAAAAGCUCAUCAAUGCCCAGUAUUGUGAACGUUUUCCUGUGGUGCGGUGGAAGGACGGUCGUGUGGUGCAUGUACAGGUCACGCCAGAAGUGCACAGGAAUUACGAGCAGCGUAUGCAAGUUGCUCUUAACAAAAUACAGCAACGUGUUGACUGGCUGAAGCAUGGCAGCCGUGCCUUAUUUGGAACAGUGGUAGAGGAAGAGAUUUAUAUCCUUAUUGACACAUCAGCUUCAAUGCAGCAUCACAUUCAAUUUGUGAAAGAGAGGCUGUUUGUCCUCAUGCAGGAACAAAUUCGUCACAAAUCAAGAUUCAAUAUCAUUGCCUUUAACACCAAAGUUAGUUGUUGGCGUGACCGACUGGUUGAUGUUAAUGAGCGGUCACUGCAGUCUGCGUGGACAUGGAUUCAGGGCUUGACAUGCUGGGGGUCAACUAAUACUUAUUCUGCAGUCCAGACUGCCCUCGCUGAUAUUUGCACUCAGGCUAUCUACCUUCUCACCGAUGGACGCCCAGAUCAGCCGCCAAAGUCAAUCAUUGCGCUGCAAAUGCAGAAAAAAGUACCAAUCCACACAAUCUCCUUCAACUGUGAUGACACCGAAGCAAACCAGUUUCUUUAUGACCUGGCUCAAGCCACUGAAGGGCGAUACCACUAUUUCUCAGAAAAAGGCAGUUCUGACGACCAGCCUAAGGCAUGGGAGAGCCAGGAUAUUGCACUGCUGAAAGAUGAAAUACAGCGUGGCAUUGAAUGGAUGGACCAGCUUGCAGAGCUCAGGGACCAGUGUACUCUACUUAGUUGGCAUCGGGAGAUUGAUGACCUGAAGAAGUGCAGCAAAGGUCAUUUGCUGCCAGAGCAAGGAAAAGCAUCAGCUAUCCCUGCAAUGGAGCCCCGUGAGAUUUUUCGCCCCAAUUCACCCCUUCGACCUGCUUCUGCUCCUCUUCAGUCUUCUCGCCACAUCCCAACACCACCACUCCGGCCAUCUUCUUCCACAGGACAUCAUCCACAGCGCUCUCCAAGGAGACCUCAUUCUGCUAGAUCAUUAAAUCGAAGCCGAAAGCUAGUUGCAUGUCAUACCCGUACAAGCCUUUUCAGAACAAUGAGCUCAAGUGGUCGAUUUUCUCCUAGUGGAUGGCUACUUCCAGAAACUUCCCAGUUGUUUGAGCGACAGGCAUGUCAUCAGCAAUCCUUGGCAAAAAUGUUGGAAGAUCUUGAGUUAUCUCCACACAUUUUGACAACAGAACUUAAGUCCACACACAAGGAAAGACAACAGAAGGUGAGGAGGAACAAACUUGCCCAGUCCAAAGAAAUGUCUUGCAAGGAGUGGUUGAAAAAGCAUGGCUUGGUGGCACAGCGUUUGACUAUUUUAGAUGCUUUGGCUCCAACACUUAUACGGCAUCGUGCCAAGUAUAUCCCCAUCUUGGACAAGCAUGUUGUGGCCAGGGUGUUUGAUGAGAUUUUGCCCAUUGCACAUGUGUCUGGUCGGAAGAGCAAUCAAGUCACAUUGGUCAAUCCAAAUGCUGUCAAUUUAGAAGAGUAUGAAGAAAGGUUGGAGAGGGCUUUGGACAUGUAUCGGCAGUACCUGAAUAAAAUGGUUUGGGAUGCCUUGCCAGAGACUGCCAAAAAGGAAUUUGGAGAUGAAGGUCCAGUGUCAUUUGAUGAUCACCGUGGAAGACUCCUUCAAAUUUUAAAUGAAGAAGGCUGGCCUGUGACAGAAAAGGAUAUUGUUUGCCUGGAACGUGAAAUUGAGAAAGGAAUGCGAUUUUUACAGCAGUCAAAAGAUCUACGACAAGCAGCUGCAGAUGUCACUUCCAAUGUAAAAUCCAGCCCACGAGGAAGAAAACAUUCACCCAUGAAUGAUGGGUCACAAAUAGAAGAGAGGACUGAUCAGGAUACCAAGGCAUGUGAUGAUGCUGACGACAUUCAUGGUAGUGAUGAUGAUAAAAGUGACGAUGGCAAAGUUGUUUUCAAACCUAGAACUCCACGGCCAUCAGACAAUCCACAGUCUUUAAGCCCAGGUUCCCCCAUUCCUCAAGAAGAGCUUCAUGGACCUGAGCCACCUAGUAGGCCAAGAAAGAAAGGUUUAAGCAAUAAGAAGCAGCAGAGAUGUGGAGUGAAGCUGGUUCGGAAGAGACCUCGCAUAAUGGUCAGCAUGAUGCGGGGAACACGGGUCAUUGCCAGAAGCGACAAGGAUGGGCAAUACUAUGAAGGCACGGUGGUAAAAUGUCCCAGCAUACGAACAGCCACAGUUGAACUGGCAGACGGUGAGCAUGUGGUGCUGACUCGUUUUAUCAUUCCUGUUAGUGGUGCUGUGGCAUGCCCUCCACUCUCGGUGGGAGACUGCUGUCUAGUUCGAGUGAUUUAUUUAGAUGAAAUAACAGAGUGCUAUGUUCCUGGCAUAGUGCAGAUCCCUCCCAAGUCUCAUCAGGAUCAGUUUUAUACCCUUCUUCUGUAUAACAGACAGAGAGUAACCACACGCAGAAACUGCCUUGUGAAAAUCAGCAGGGAACGUUACGAACUAACAGUGCAUUUUAUUGAAGCUGUGCAAGGCGAGCAUAGAUCCAGAGAACGUUCUUUAUCAAGAUCUUCUACAGAUGAUGAUUCACCGAAUUCACUGUCAUCAUUUUCAAAGCCUUCAAGUCCCUUGUCGAAACAGGAAUCCUCAUCUUGUUCACCAGCCCCUGAAAACAGGUCCCAGUCAGAUGUGGGAUCAACAUCACGUUCAAGGACACCUAUUUCCCAGAGGCAAGAAGAACUGGUGAGACUGCAGCAGCAACUAGAGGAACAGCAGUGUAAACAGAAGAAAAUGAGACAGAAACUGAAAAAGAGGGCAAAACAUUUGAAAAGAAAGGAGAGAAAAAUGCUUUCUUUGCUAGGUCAAAUAGUGGAAAAAACUAAAACAGAAGAUGAAGGUAGGAAGACACCAACACAUGAAUCAGUAAUAGAAGAUGAACAGCCUAUUAUAACACCAAGACUGCUACGGUUGAGAAGAUCUCUUCCUGCGCUGAAUGUAGCUGAAGAAGUUCUGGCCCGUUUCUCAGAUGAUGGCUGGUAUUAUCAUGGAAUAGUCAAACAAAACCUUGGAGACUGCAGCUAUGUAGUGGAAGACACGGCAGGCCUUGCAGAACGUAUAUGGCGAGAAGAUAUUAUCUCAGAUUAUGAUGAUUGUGCUCCCCCUUUACAGGUGGAUGCUUACGUGGUGGCCAGGCACCCAACUACAUCAGUAGCUAUGCCCCAGGCCAUGCGUUGUCUGUAAUGGACACACAGCAAGCAGCAGAAAUCGAAUUCUUUGAUGGCCAGAAAGGAUUAGUGCCUCGAGCAGAAAUAUACCGAAUGCCACAGGACAAAUAUAAUCAUGACGUGCUUCACAUCCAGCAGCGCCUGAGGGACAUGGUAGGGCUGUCAGUUGUUUCAAGAGAUGACAAGACAGGGCAGUAUGUGCCAGCUCAGAUUGUGGGAGUAGAAAAUGGAGGCCAGUAUUUCAGCAUUCGCUGGAGCGAUGGCUCUCACAGCCGACAGCUCCCUUUGCACAUCUUCAGUGCAAGGACUCGGCGGAGGCAACUGAUAACUGGGGAUCAUGUUCUCGCAAUUGCAGUCCCAGAACUGGUGGUCUUUCUUCCAGGCCAGAUUAUCCGCAUGAAUCAAAAUACAUAUUCAGUGCGUUUCUGCGAUGGACAAAUAUCGGAUGAUGUGAAUCCAGUGUUCUGUUACUGGCUGAGCCAGAACUACUUUGAUGAAGCAUCAUACUUCUGGAAAAUUAGCCAGCCAGAUUUUGGACUACAUGAAUAAUACUGAUCCAUCAGCAUGAUGCGAAAGGGCCUUCUGACAAUAGGAUAGGUUCAAUUCUAAAUAAAUUAGAAAACUGUUUUCCUGGGAGUGUUAUUUGGGUGCAUAUUAAGAUUCUGAUUAUUUUUGACCUUUUCUCAUGGUUCACAUAGUUCUAGCAAUGAGAGUAAGGGAAUAUUCAAAUUUAGCUGCUUUAGGUAAUUACAUUACAGUUUUUAAAUCGUGUAAUUGUGACGCUGGAUUUUCUGUUGCUUAUAUUUUCUUAUAGACUUAUCAUUCUAGUGACUAGAUCUGUAACAUUCUUCAGAAUCUGUAAGAGAUUUUGUCAGUCUCAUCCUGUGGUGCCAGUCUUUAAGAUCAUUUCUGGGUGUUAAUAUUCACUGUAAAUGAAUUCAAAAAAGAUGUUGAAUUUCCUGUGCAACAGACUUUGAGCAUACGUGGAGAGUGAUGUCAAAACAAUCAUGCUUUGGAGCACUUUUUUUUUACCUUGUAUUUAUCUCACAUUGAUGUUUACAAAUUUCACCAUCACCUUUGAUACUUUUGUCAACGGUUCAGAAAAAUGUUUGAAUAUAUUUAAUGACAGUGAAACUUUAUAAGAGUGAAGAGAUCAUGAAGUCUCCUUUGUUUUUGUCAAGUUCAUGUCACAGUACCUGCGAUGCCUGUUGAAAUGAUUGUGUAGCUUCAGUGCCUGAAUUGGAUGGUAAAUUGCUCAAUCCUGUAGCAAUAACUGUGCCUUUGCAUGCAAACACUGCUUCUUACUUUAUCUCCCAAACAAUACUAUGAGUUUUCUAAAGCCAUUAUCUUAUUUACUAUCUUGUUAUGAAGCUUCAUCAUCUGUUUCAUAAUGGGACUGGACUUUUCAAAAUAAAUAGAACUGCUGUCUGUGUUGUUUAGUUCAAAACUUUCUGUUAAUUAUAUAAGGAUUUUUAACAGAGCCUCACCUCACUGCUACGUAAACAGACCCAUAAUUUUUUUCAAUCAUGAUUUCCAGUUAUCUAGACAAGUCUUUAAAAGUUCAAAAAUUGAGCUUUAAAUAAAAUAUUUAUAAUAAGAAACAAAUGUUUUGGAGAAAAAGUGUUAUGAAUGUUACAAAGAUGCAAAUGCUACAGGGAGUUUUCAGACACAUUUUUCAACAGGAAAAAAUAUUUUCCAACAUACUUUUUCACAAUGAGGACCAGCACAACAUAUAUAUCUGGACAAUUGUCUCAGUAUUCCACUCAAGAUUGCUUAAUAUUUGCUUAGUAUCACUACCCAUCGUCAAUCUUGUCUUCAUUUCACAAAUUGUACUGUUUUCUUGCAAAUUUGUCAUCUCAUUGUAUUACCUUAAUCUCUGCUCCAUUCAACUCUUCAUUUUUAAAUGAAAAUUUAUUUAAUAAAUAUUUUUGUUUAUGAAAUAUUUUUGUUUCAUUAGUUUAAUUAAAAAAUAUCUGGUAAGACUGAUGAGAAAGACUUGGAGGUUAAGUUUUACUUUUUAUUUCAAUCAUCAGUUACAUCUUGACAUUCAAUUCUGUUAAUAGUGUUCACCUGUUGUCCAAUAUAAGUAGGCUGAUGAACUUUUCUUAAAUAUUCUACUUUUUUGUAGCAAAAAUAGUGCAAAAGACAUUGCAUCAUCUUACUUGUAAGUCCCCUGUCUGCCACAUGGCUGUUGUUACGAAGUCACCAGCAUGCAAUAUUCUGCCAGCCAGUAACCUAACUUCUAAAGGGGUGCUUCUGAAGUUGUUAGAAAAGAAAAAUUGAUGAAACUUUAAAGAAGGAAAUGACAAUUUAUCAGAAAGAAAAGAUGCAUAUGCAAUGAAUUUGACAUUUGUCAAUAGACACCCUCAGUAAAAUUCCGUAAGAAAAAAGAGAGAGAGAAACCAGUUCCUGAUUCUGUAGAAUCACUGCUAACCUAUGACAAAGUUACAAAUAAUGAGAUCAUAUCAGCACUAUGUAUAGUGUUUACAGCUAUUAAUAAGUAAUAAAUUGUUGAAAUGCACUAAAGUGAGUUCACCGUUUUAAAACAUUUCAUGAUUUCCCAUUUUGAGGCUACAAACAAAACGAGCCUUGUCAUGUAACUUCAGCAUCUAGAUUGAACAUAAUAAAUAAAGUCUGAUUUGAUUUGAUUGAUUUGAUUAACUUCAGCAUCUAGAUUGAACUAUCUGUCCAUAAUAAGUUACAAAGAAACAUGUCUAUCCUUUUCAUGAUUUUCCUUGGAAUAAAAGUAUUAUCAUU